AUGGGUCUAUCAUCUAUCUUUGGGGGCGGUGCACCAUCUCAACAAAAGGAGACUGCCACUAGUGCUCAGACUACGACAAACCCAGUAGCAAAUGAAUUGAAAAAUCAGAUUGCCCAAGAGUUGGCCGUGGCUAAUGCGACUGAACUGGUGAACAAGAUUUCUGAGAACUGUUUUGAAAAAUGCUUGACUUCUCCAUACACUUCAAGAAAUGACGCAUGUAUUGAUCAGUGCUUGGCCAAAUAUAUGAGAAGUUGGAAUGUCAUAUCAAAGGCUUACAUAUCUAGAAUCCAAAACGCCUCUGCCACUGGCGAGAUUUAA